AUGGACACGUCAAACUUUCUAACCGACCAUCCUUGCUAUUGUGUUGAUCGUAAGAAGAUUCCAGGAACUUUUACAGAUGAGACAGCUGGCAAACUUAUUCGGGAGUUUCUCGCUUUACGAUCCAAGUCAUACGCUUACAAUUUAGCUGGCGAGGAAAAUAUAAAGGCUAAAGUUGUACGAGGUCAUGUUGUGAAAAAUCAUAUGACCAUGGAUGAUCACAAAAAAUGUUUAUUUUGGUUGGGCGCAAUGCAGAAAACUGGUGAAACUCAGGAGUUAGCUGUUCAGCAGGCCAACAAAUUCGAAUAUACGGAAUCCACUUCAACAAAAAACCUAUAUACACCUUUCAAAGUAAAUAAAUCUCUUAGAUCGUUUAAACAUCAAAUGAAAAUGAUUUCAACUGUAAAACUUGCUCUUUAUCGACAUGAUGAUAAGAGAUUCGUUAUGCCAGAUCAUAUUCACACUCUGGCACAUGGGCAUUAUAAAAUUGAGUAUGUUUAAAUAAUAUAUAUAUAUGUUUUUCAAUAAAUUAUCAACCAUAUUAUUAUUUUUUAGGAAGUUGGAAAUUGAACAACUACAGGCAUUCGCAGAGGAAUUGCAUGCAUAA